CACUGCAAGGUCAGAGACGUCGAAGAUUUACUCCUGCUCGUGACGGAGCUGACCAUCAGGGGGAUCAAGCCGAAAUCAAAUGCAAUCAUGUCUUCCAAGUGCCUGGGAUUCGUAUUCAUCUUUCCACAUCCGGACCUCUGAAGAAAGUGUCUGUUAUAUUCGGCCACCGUGUGUUUAGAACGAGUAAUGAGGAUGAGGAAGACGAUUGACAUUCCGGAAAAAGGGAGAGUGCAGCCAAUGCCCGUAUGCCACAGAAGGUUAUCUGGAUGAGAAAAAUGAGGGUUCUCCGCCGACUCUUGACGCGCUUAAGGGAGGCGAAGAAAAUCGACAAGCAUCUGAACCAUGAGCUGUACCUGAAGUCCAAGGGUAACGGCUUCAAGAUCAAGUGUGUACUCAUGGAGCACAUUCACAAGAGGAAAGCUGAAAAAGCCCGCUCCAAGCAGCUCAGUGACCUCGCUGACGCCAGGAGAACCAAGGUCAAGGAUGCCCACAAACGCCGCGAAGAGAGGAUUGCACAGAAACGAGCAGACCUCAUCAAGUCAUAUGCUGAUGAUGACUCCAAAAAAUAAACUAUUGUUCUGUAUUUGUGCGUUAUAAAAUGGGAUCCGAAAGAGA